AUGAAGCAUUUGUGGAAUCUGUUGCUGCCGGAUGAAGUGGGGAUGGUUACCGAGUGGCUCGAGGACAUGCGGGACGCCUUUCUCGGUGCCGCCGUCCAGAUUGCCACGGAAGGCACCUUACCAUAAUGCAAAUGUGUCUCAGUCUGAAAAGUUGAAGUUGUGACGUCGCACGUCAGUGAAUGAUAGAUAGGCACACGACUUCAUUGCGCCCCCGCCAAGCAUGACAUACUAUUUUUUUGUGGCUCUGUGAUGUGUACUUACUUACUAACUAUGUUCCUCAUCAGAAGCAACUGCGGCUUUGCACGAUAGACAGGAGCAGGAGCUUUUGUUGGAGGCCACGCAAGACAGAGCUCAGGGUCAACAUGCCAGACUAGCAUGACAACUCUAGAUCCCUAGUCCGUAGCUCCUAGACGGUGCCUGGCCCCCGAAUGAUUCCAGGGCAGCCGGAUGUUGACUGUGGCCUGGUUAUAUAGGACUUCGGCGAUCGAUUGCGCCACUGUGUUCCGGCUACUCCGGAUCGCAAUCGAUGGAGGGCGGGACCUGAGCCGGGGGCGACAGGCGCUAUCCAACCAACCAGCCACAUCUCGCACUCUUCCGACCCAGACAUCUUUGCACUGCAUACACCUGCGGCCUUCUCCAGCAAGGCAUCGAGGCGAGCAGCCGAGAAGCGACCGCCAUGCGGUCUGUAGUGGAAGAUGUACUGCGGGACUCGGAAGAGGUGUCCAGCAAGAUCAACGACGUGCUGGGUCUGGGCUCGUCGAGUCACACUGGGGGCACGACCGACGUUCCACUGUGGAAGCACUUGGCUACGGCGAUCAAGUUUCUGCAGGGCUUAGACACGUCUAUCAUGGUAUCAGAGGAAAAAGUGCUAUGUAUUAGCGGAAUUGAUUGUGACGCGUGAAUGUAUCAUGCAGAAACGCAAAUAACAAAAACAAAAGAACAGUGUUACGCUUACGUACAACGUGCGACAUGCUAGAGCAAAAUUUUUUAUGCUCAUGCUGCAUGACUACAAGUACAAUCUGUGAAAAUACCCGCUAACGUCAACACUUUUUUGGUUGAUAGACGGUAGAAAUGUUUUACGACGUGGCGCACGAAGCCAUCAAAUCCCUUCGCACCUUACCAAGUGCAAGUAUGUCUGGGUCUCGAAGAACAGUCAGGCAAUUGUCUUGCAGAUGUUAUUGCAUGUCUGUGCACGGAGGUCGCGGAAGAUGCAGCUUUUGGAAGGCUUUCACUUUCUGAUGGCUGGUCUGCAUGAGAAAUGCCCUCUCGUCCCGGAGGUCGGACAUCUUUUGCUGACGAUGCAACACAGAUUUUUGCGUGUUCGUCCAGAAUCCGCAUCGGAAGUCGGUAAUAUCUUUCUAGUAAGCCGCCCAGACAUUCUAUUCGCAAUGCAUACACCUACGCAGCCAUCCUUCUGAACAUUGAACAUGUGGAAGACAUCGCGUCCGACAGGGCAAUAUCAAGCGGCGAAGUCAUGACCAUGACUUCGCCGGCAGCUUUUUCCUCGUUCGCUGAAGUAGGAUCAGCUACAACUCCGGAAGAUCGGCUGCGCGUUAUGUUCUGCAAAUAAAGUAUCGUACUCGUAUAAAUUGCUGUCAUUCAUGUUCAUGACAGAUCUGGUGUCUUAGGACGAGCUAACUCAGCAUCCAUUACAGAAUCCAUUCUUCCUUCAUCUGGAAAAAUUUGUCAUUCUAUAAGAAGUUCGACGUUGUACGACUACGAUAGCGAUACUUUUGCAAUGCAUGCAGGUGAUCACGAAGCUGCAAAGGCCUUCGCUACUCGUCGAGAGCGAAAAGGCAGACGAGGCGGAAGAUGAAGAGUAUGGCGUUCUAAACUGUUACAUUCUCAACUGUUACAUGAUUUGCAAUGCAAGACUGGCAAAAGUGAAAGGAGGAAGAUUGCGCCUUUUGCAUGACAAGUUUGGCGCGGAUUUAGAUGCUGUCUAGCCCUUUCGAAAUUUGUCAUGCGAAGCAGCUCGAUCAUCUGCCGGCUUAAGGUACUUUUGCAUGACAAAUUCAUGCGUUGAUUAUUGUGGCGCCUGUGAAUCUCCCUAUCACAGUGCGUCUGCAGCAGCUCAUACAGUGUUAGCGAGAAGUAAGGAAAAGAUAAUAUAAGCGCCCGGGGAUGAAGAUAAACUCGCGAUAUUUUGCGCGGUUCUGACCCUAGAUCUCCUGCGUCCGAAGCUGCUUGCGGCGACGGUGCAAAGGUUUUUGAUGUGGUGCAGUCGGGUAUGCAUGACAAAUUCAUGCAACAGUUGAGAGUGUAACGUUUGAGAACGCCAUAAAGAGCAGGCGGACGUUGCGCCAUCUGGAGGUCCUCGCCGCGUACAACGAAGAGCAAAGAGGACGAGAAACCACACCAACAAACCCCAAGAACGCCAACCCGCCAGAUCUCCUGGAGCGAGGUCCUCUUCGACGCUCCUGUUGCUUACGCCAGAGGUGCGGGAGCUGUUAAGCGCGGUGGCCGAAGUGGACUUCAGUAGUUGGAAAACCUUCGCCGAGUUGAAAGCAGAAAAGCAAAAAUUGACUGGCGAGGGGGACGAGGAGGACGAAAUCCAGAUCCAGUUCAAGGGGGAGAGAACAAGAAGAACAAGAACCGAAGCUGGCGUUGCUGCAGCAGCAGGGGGUGCGGAAGAAGUUGAAGUAGGAGAACUAAUACGUGCAGGACGAGGACCAAGAACCUCACCAAGUUGUACUUCGCUUCCGCGCAGACGGGUUGCAAGAAUUGCUACCUCAACGGUUACGGUCUGCAAGUCAGACACUCUCCGGGUUACGAGAAUUGUACCGCUCCGUGCAAGCUCCCCUGCCAUCACUGCGGUGGAAAGGUGUGCCACUGGUCCAAGGAGUGCCCAGUGAUCCAGGCCCGCAUCCAGCAGAAAGGAGCAGGGAAAGGCGCCCCUGGUGGGAAGAAUGCGCAGAUGCAAAACCCGUUUGGUUAAGCAGCAUGCCAUGAGUCUUUUUUGUCUCCAAGAGACCAUUGAGCAUUAAUUUUUUCGUGCACACAGGACAUUCAAAAUGUUACUUUAGGUGGCACCAUACACGUGAC